AUGUUCACGCCAACCAUCUGCAAGGUGCGCUGCAGCCAGGGCCGAUGCGUCAACUACUGUGAGAGAGGCAACAUGACCACGCUGUACAGCAACAGUGAGGGUGGAGGAGGAGGGGGAAGGAGAGACGGCUCUCACGGACCAGGCUUCAGAGUCUUCCUCUGCCCUCUGCUCUGUAAGAACGGAGGCGUCUGCCUGCAGAAGGAUCGCUGUUUCUGCCCACCAAACUUCACUGGAAAGUUCUGCCAGAUCCCUGUUGCCCCCACCUCCGCCGCAGCUUCCCCUGCCGCAGCUGCCCCAUCCUCCACCAAUGAGAUCGUCAAGCCUGCGCUCUUCACCGCCAUGGCAGCCAAUCAGGAGAUGACCAGGUCAGAGUUCCUCUUGCCACUGGGACAGAACCAGGAGGCGGCAAGGUCUGGAGUUCCUAGUCCAUCCAUGGUGAAGGUCAGAGUGCAGCACCCCCCUGAGGCCAGCGUGAAGAUCCACCAGGUGGUGAAGGUGUCUGGAUUCAGUCCCACCCUACGGACGCUCUCUUCUCCCUCCUCCUCCUCGGGGUCAGCAGGUGCUCCGGCUCCAGCAGGAAGGCCAGUCCAGGCCCAGACAGUGAGGGGGGACGGGACAUACACCCAGUAUUCUGGGUUCAAGUACUGCUUCAGAGAGGUCAAAGAUGGACAGUGCAGCUCUCCUCUGCCUGGACUGAGGAGCAGGGAAAUGUGCUGCAGAGGCAUCGGGAAGGGCUGGGGAAUCACCGACUGUGUCCUCUGUCCUGAUAGUACAGCAGUUGAAAGCAACAGUAGCUGUCCUGUUGGUUUUGAGCAAGCCAAUGGAACACAGUGUGUUGAUGUGAAUGAGUGCCUUCAGCCGGGGCUGUGUGAGAACGGGAUCUGUGUGAACACCAGGGGGAGCUAUAGCUGUGUGUGUAGGGCGGGGUUCAUCCUUGAUGCCUCACAUGGAAUCUGCAUCUCCCAGAGUGUGAUAUCAGAGGAGAAGGGUCAGUGUCACCGGGUCCUGGGCUCAGGUCAGGGUCCAUCCUCCUGCUCCUUGCCCAUCCUCAGGAACAUCACCAAACAGAUAUGCUGCUGCAGCCGAGUCGGCAAAGCCUGGGGACCCGACUGCCAGAGGUGUCCUUACUUUGGUUCAGUGGCCUUUAAGGAGAUCUGUCCAGCCGGUCCUGGUUAUCAUUACUCAGCUUCAGCCCUGCAGUUCAACCAGAGAGUAACCCAACAGCUGGGGGGACGAGGGGCCCCACUGGUACCCCACGGCAGCCAGGAGAACCAGGGUCCUGAUUCCGGUGCCAGUAGCAGCGGAUCCUCCAGGUCUCAGCAGAAACCUUCGACCUCUGGAGCGACAGCUGGUGGAGCAAGUACUUUACUGGACUCUGCUUCGAGUGUUGGCUCCAGCGCUGGAUCAACUGGCACCAGCAGUAUCCAGACUAGACCCAGUCUACCUCAGCCUCAACCCCGGCCUCCGCCUCAGUCUCCGUCUCAGCCUCAGACCCGCCCGGCUGCUGGCUCUCCCCCCUACAGACCAGUACAGCCUGGCAGCACCGACACCACGGGCACCCACGUCAAACCCCAGACUCCUGGCAGAACUGGGACCCAGCAGAGCUUUCCUGAAUCUGCUCCAUCAUUCACAACACAACCAAGACCACAGCCUCCGUCCACUGGGAGUCAAGCAGGUGCUCGUCCCUCCACUGUGUCCCGACCAGACCAUUCACCAGCCAGAGGGGACUCGCUCCCCGCUCCGGCCCAGCCGCAGAGCCCUGAGCGUGGCUCGAGAACCAGCGCAGAACUCCCUCCUCUGCAGAACAGACCACCUGUCAGCCCGACCAGCAGACCGACCAGAGUCCAGACAGUGCGAGGUGUGUGCGAGAGCAGACCAGGUGUGUGUGGGCGUGGCCGCUGUGUGGAUCAGCCAGGUGGGAAACACACCUGUGUGUGUUAUCAGGGAUACCAGCCCAACUCUCAGCACACACACUGCCAAGAUGUGAAUGAGUGUGUGCAGUCUCCAGGUGUGUGUUCAGUGGGAGAGUGUGUGAACACCAUGGGAAGCUACAGAUGUGUGUGUCCGUCUGGAUACAGGAGCAGCAGCCAGCAGACCAGUUGUCAAGACAUUGACGAGUGUCAGCUGAACCCCUGCAGGAAUGGGCGCUGUGAAAACAUGCCAGGCAGCUACAGAUGUGUCUGUCGCCUUGGUUACAGACUCACUGGCAACACCUGCACAGAUGUGGAUGAGUGUGAGGACCCUCUGCAGUGUCCAGGUCAGGAGUGUAUCAACAGUCCUGGUUCGUAUCGCUGCGCGUCCUGUCAGCCUGGAUAUGGACUGCUCAACAGGCUCUGUACAGACAUUGACGAAUGCCGCCAGGCUCCCUGCUCCAACGGUCGCUGUGAAAACACAGCUGGAAGCUACCGCUGUGUCUGUCACCAUGGUUACAAGCUCCACAACAACAACUGUACAGAUGUAGAUGAGUGUGCAGAGCCGUCUCAGUGUCCAGGUCAGAUGUGUGUGAACUCAGUGGGAUCGUACCGCUGUUUGUCUUGUCGGCCGGGAUACACACUGACCAACAGACAGUGUUCAGAUGUGAAUGAGUGUGAUAACAGCGAAACUUGUCCUGGUCAGCAGUGUGUGAACACUGAAGGAUCCUACAGCUGUGUGGACUGUCAGCAGGGAUACCACAGUGUGAAUGGAGUGUGUUCAGAUGUGGAUGAGUGUGUGCAGGUAUCUCAGUGUCCUGGUCAGCAGUGUGUGAACACUGUGGGGUCGUACCUCUGUGUGUCCUGUCAACCUGGAUACAGCAGGAAUGAUGGCUCCUGCCAAGAUAUAGACGAGUGUGCGAGUACAGGGGCGUGCGAGCCUGAGCGAGUGUGUGUGAACACUGUCGGGUCGUUCAGGUGUGACUGUCCUCCUGGGUAUCGAACCUCCGGCCUUGGGAGACAGUGCAGAGACAUUAACGAGUGUUUGGAGAGUGAUUUCUGUUUCUCUGGAGGAGAGUGUGUGAACACACCUGGAUCCUACUCGUGUGUGUGUUCUCAGGGAUUCAUGCUGAGUGACAACAGGACGUCCUGUCUCGAUGUGGAUGAGUGUCUGAAGCCAGGUGUGUGUUUGGACGGUCACUGUAUGAACACUGAAGGCUCCUUCCAGUGCCAGUGUCAAACUGGCUUCACUACCAACCCAGAGAAGACCACCUGCCUCGAUGUUGAUGAGUGCGUCUCGUCCGGCGGGUCAGUUUGCGGGUCACAGCGUUGUGAGAACACCAUUGGUUCAUACCGCUGCCUCACUUCCUGUGAGCCAGGCUACCAGGUGACACAGUCCGGCAAGUGUGUAGAUAUUAAUGAGUGCACCAAUAAGACGGUGUGUGGGGACCACGCCUUCUGUCAGAACCUGAUAGGAACCUACCUGUGUGUGUGUGACAUGGGCUUCACCACCACUGCCGAUGGAAAAGCCUGCGUGGAUGAGGAUGAGUGUGUGUCUCUGCAGGAUGCGUGUGGUUCUGCUCGUUGCGAGAACAUGGAGGGAUCCUUCAUAUGUGUGUGUGACGAACUGGAGGAGUUUGACGUUGCAGCUGGGAAGUGUGUCAGCCCUGUACAAUCAGCAGUGGGCCCCAACUACUCUUCCUCCUCCUCUUCCUCCUCCUCGUCCUCAUCCUCUUCAUCCUCAUCCUUCCAUGUCAGUGUGGUGGAGUUUGAUCCUUUGCUGCCCCCCCUCCCUGCAGCCCGUCCCGGUGAGCUGCGGGAGUGUUACUACAACCUGGCAGAGCAAGGAACCUGCAGCCUGCUGGCCACCAACACCAGCCAGCAGGAGUGCUGCUGCACGUUGGGAGAGGCCUGGGGGCUGGGUUGCCAGUACCACGCCUGCCCCCCCACAGACACAGCCGGGUUUCUGUCUCUGUGUCCCAGUGGGAGAGGAUAUGUGACUACUGGACCAGGAGCCUUCAGCUACAGAGAUGUGGACGAGUGUAAACGUUUCCACCUGGAGGUGUGUAAGAACGGAGUGUGUGUCAACAACAUCCCCGGAUACAGCUGCUACUGCUCCAGUGGAUACGUGUACAACAGCACACUGCUUGAGUGUGUCGAUCAUGAUGAGUGUGAGGAGGAGAGCUGUGUAGGAGGAGUGUGUGUGAACACGGUGGGUUCGUACUACUGCAGUUGUCAGCCUCCGCUGGUGCUCGACGACACUCAGCGAAACUGUGUCAACUCCUCCCACCUCACUGUAGAUGAGAACCUAUCUGUGUGCUGGCAGCAUGUCUCAGCAGACCUGAUGUGUCAGAGUCCUCUGCUGGGAGCUCAGGUCACCUUCACCAUCUGCUGCUGUCUGUACGGGGAGGGCUGGGGGAUGGAGUGUGCCCUCUGCCCCUCCACCAACUCCGACGACUACGCUUUUCUGUGCAACUCCUUUCUUCCUCCCCUGUUUCCGAGUUAUCCGGAUUCGAGCGGAUCAGAAACAGGAGGGAGAGCAGGUCCAGGAGCAGGACGAGAAGGAGGAGCGAGUGCUUCUCCACGUUUCCCUUCCUACAGUAUAGACUCCUUCCCUCCAGCUGUAGCUCCCAGCAGAGACUUCAGUCGCCCUGACUAUGAUGAUUACUCUCCACCAGGAGGCAGCAGGUCAGGCUUCAGAGGGAGGACACCUGCCUCCUUCAGUCUGCCUGAUGGAGUCUAUCACAGGCCUGAGUAUGGCACUGGUUACUACUCUGAAGGAGACUAUGGCUCCCCUGACGGCUCCCAACCCAGACCUCCAUCCUUCCAACUCCCACCGGAUCCCCGGGCUGAGACAGCGUUCGGGGCUCGGCCUCCUCCUCCGUCCCGGCCUGACGGUCCUCCUCUCAGCCUGGCCCCUCUGCCAGGAGCUCCCUAUGAGGACCAGGAGGUGGAGGAGGAGGAGGAGGAAACGUGGAGGCCAGGUCCACCGUUCACUCCCUUCACUGAGAGGAGCAGGGGAGGAGUAGCAGGACCAAGGAGGGUGUAUGAGAGGCGUUACGAGUCCUUUGCCGGCCUGAGUGCAGCAGAGGAUUGUGGGAUACUGCACGGCUGUGAGAACGGCAGGUGUAUCCGCGUCGCAGAGGGUUACACCUGUGACUGUUACCAAGGAUACGAACUGGACAUGGCCUCCAUGACCUGUAUAGAUGUAAACGAGUGCGAGGACAGCGUCAGCGUGGAGUUCCCAUGUGUGAACGCUCGCUGUGUGAACACCGAAGGCUCGUUUCGCUGCGUCUGCAGGAGAGGAUACAUCAUGUCCCGAAGACCAAACCACUGUGUGGCUGCAUAGACCGGAUCAAGCCAGACUGGACUCCAUUAGACCUGUAUCAGCUGGUCUAGACAAUCUAAGACUGGACUACACAAUAGCUGACAGGGCUAGACUAGAUUGAACUGAACUAGUUUGGGCUUUACUAUAUGAGCAGAUUUGACAAACUAGACUUGACCAGGAUAAAAUGUACUGGACUAAAAUAUUCUAGAUUGCACUAGACCAGACUGGGCUAGGCUGGACUGGAAUGGGCUUGCACAACACUGGGUCACUCUUAUUUUUUCCAUAUUCUCUCUGACAGGUGUUUUCUGUAUUUAGGUUUAUGUCGUGGAGGGGUGUUGUCCUGUAGUUCAGGGAUCUGGUCUACCAGGAAACAUCACAGAUAAUUUUGAUUUCUAGAAAACAGAAUUACUGGAUUUUCAUUGCAAAAAGGAAAAUAACUUUUGUUGUAAGGAACACUUGAGACUGGGACCAGGAUAAGUUAAUGGUGUAAUGAAGUGACUGUGCACAUGGUUAACUAUCUCAUGUUAUUCUGUCUAUUAUGUUAUUCUAUAUUGAGUUGAGCUGAAAUUUGAAAUUCCUCAUUUUUGGCUGGACCACAACAGCAGGUCAGCCCUAUAAUCAUGAAUGUCCCUGACUGACUGACUGA